AGGCCCCCGCGCUCCUGAGCCCCCAGACCCAAAUGCCAGCACGAGCCCCUCCGUUCCCCCAGCCCCGCUCUGGGGUCCCGGGGGAUUUUCGGGGCGGGGCGCCCCCGUUUCCUCCCCCCGGGGCACUGAGGCGAAUCUCCUGCCGGGCUGAUGGCGGCUGCUCCCCAAACCCGGGGGGCUCCCCCGAAACGGGGGGUCCCGAGCCCCCUCCUCAUCCUCAGCCUCCUCCUCCUCCUGCCAGGCUCCCCCGCCCGCAGCCCCGAGCCCCCCCCGGUCUCCCCGCCGACCUCGGAGCCCUCCACCUCUCUGUCGGUGUCCACCAGCCCCGGCUCGGGCCCCUCGUGCGGGCCGUGGGGAGGGGUCCGCGUGCAGCCGGGACCCCCGUCCGCCUCGGGCGAGCUGGGCUCGGCGCUGUCGCUCGAGUGCCGCUUCGAGCCGGCGCACGCCGAGGUCACCUGGCUGCAGGUGUGUCCCCGCAGCCACCAGGGCCGCACCUGGGGCUGCACCUGGCCGCGGGAGCUGCCGGCCGAGGGCGGGGGGCGCCGGGCCAGCCGCAAUGAGUCGGGGGUCGCGCGGCUGAGCUUCGCGGCGCUGCGGAGGGAGCACGCCGGGCUGUACUUCUGCCGGGCGCGGCUGGGCCGGGCGGCCGCGCAGUCCUGCGGCACCUUCGUCAGGGUGCUGGAGCCGGUGCCGGAGCCGUUCCUGAAGGUGGGGGAUGCCGCCAAGAACAGGAUCCUGGCGGGGCAGGGCGCGCUGCUGCUGCUCUGCGCCGCGGGGCCCGGGCUGCUGCUGCUGCUCAGGAAGCGCUGGGCCAACGAGCGGCUCCUCCAGCCCAAGAAAAUCUCCCUGGAGGAGGAAAACCUUUACGAGGGGCUGAACCUGGACGAGUGCUCCAUGUACGAGGACAUUUCCCGGGGGGCUCAGCCCACCUACCAGGACGUGGGGACCCCCCCUGCCGCCGAGGGGCUCCUGGAGAAGCCUUGAAGACCCCCACCCUUAAAUAAUGGGGGGGGGUCCCCACAGGACCCCUCCCCAAAUCCCCGCGAGCCCCCCGAAGGCUUUGCUCUGGUAACUCAAGGCAGCAAAAUAAAACAAAAUAAAGGUAUAAAGCUGGUGGUGAGGGUCCGGGGGGUGCUGGGGGACCCCCCCCUCACCUGGAGCUGGCAAUUUGCUAAUA